AUGUCGGACAAGAUACAAGUCAAGAUAUACGAAUCAGCCGUGGAUCCAGCUAGGAUUCCAGGUCGGGCACCAACUGUACUGCUGCUCGGUCCACUUCACGCAGGCACACAGGGCUUCGCAACCAACCUGUCCGAGGAAGGAUACCAAGUGGUCUUGGUCGAUAACACUCCAGCCUCUGCAUCGCUCACAGCGCUUCGAAGACGCCCUGCUACAGGAGAUGACAAGUACGUCUCUGACAACGACCUACGUGAGACGGAUGGCUGGUGCGUUGCCGUCAACCUCGUCAAGCUGAUCGACGUACACGUAUCGGGUGGUUGGAACAAGUACACUGCGCUCAUCGCUCUCGACGUAGAGCUGCAGGACGCUGAUGUUGUACGCUCGCUCCACGUUGAGACGUCGCAUCGUGGCGGUCUGUCCGCCGUCAUCAGCUACGGCUCACACCUCACCAGAAAUCAAGUGCUCGAGGCCGUCGAGCGAGUGGGAGACUACCCUUUGCUCUCACACCUGGCCGAGUCGGAAACAGACUUAGUCGAUGCUCUGGUGCAAGCAGCCAAGAAGGGCGACAUUCCUCAAGACUCGUUGCCCUUCCAUCCCGAGCUGGACGCUUUCAAGGCCUCGUUGGGUCCCGUCAAAGCCAAGCCAGUUUCCGUCUUCACGUACACCUCCAUCGGUAAGGACGAGGACGCCUCCGUCUGGGGAUGCGCGUUUCCCUUUUCGCACCAUUCCAAGGACUUUGCCUUCCCACACGACUCGAGCAUCGGCGACGCCCAUCGGAGUGCAGCAGCCAUGAGCUAUUCUCGCACCGUGGCUUUGCUGAAAUCGACUAUGGGCCCCCGCUUCCCGCUCGAGCAGCUCUGGGACCAACACACAUAUUUCGAGUUCGCAACACGCGAUGCUGCAAAGACAAUGUCCACCAUGGUUGCGCAGCCAUACGUCAACCACGUCGCCUGCCUCACCGGCGGUGCAGGCUUCACCCAGCUCGCUCGAUUCUACCAGCAUCACUUCACAUCGGUCUCGCCACCGGACACGGCCCUCGUACCCAUCUCUCGUACCAUCGGAGCAGAUCGCAUCAUCGACGAGAUGGUGUUCAGCUGCACCCACACGACGAUGAUCGAUUACUUCUUGCCGGGCGUUCCGCCGACAGGUCGAAAGCUGCGAAUUCCCAUGGUAGGGAUCGUCAACCUUCGCGGCGACAAGCUCGCCUACGAGAGUCUGUAUUGGGACCAGUCGAACGCACUGGUCCAGUUGGGGUUGUUGGAUCCGGUCAAGAGCUCGACGGACCCGAAAGUGAGACUGCCGAUAGCCGGCGAUGAGGUGGCACAGAAGAUUCUGCAUCCCUACGGCGUGCCUUCGAACGAGUUGAUGCCGAAUUGGCCAGAGAGCGAGUCGAAGGGCGUUCCUGGGAUCUCCGCCAAUGGGACCUCAUCCGAUGCCGAGUCAGGGUGA